AUCCCGUGUUGCCAGUAGUCUGCAGAGACAGCUUGUCUUCAUCAUGCUCUCCUUCGUCUUGUCUCGGAGUUUCUGUCAGGUUGUCGCAGAAGUAAACCGCAGGUCUUAUCCGACCCUCGGUUCCGUCAUCCGGACGUUUUCUACGUCGAGUCCUGCACGCGGAGAAGCCUCUGACAACGCGUCUGUGGUGACCUACUCACAGCUGAAGACCAUGCUGUCCACUAGAGACAUCCAGCUGUUCGACGUGAGAAGUCCUGACGAGUACCAGGCUGGACGCAUCGCAGAUUCAGUGAACAUCCCGCUGGGUAUCCUGGAGGAGUCUCUGAUGCUGUCCCCGGAGCACUUUGAGCAGAAAUUUGAAGUGAGGGCUCCUGGGAAAGAUGAUGACAAUAUUGUGUUGUACUGCAGAAGUGGCAACAGGAGUAACACAGCGCUGAACAUCGCCCGUCAGCUGGGGUUUAUGAGGGUGAGACAUUAUAAAGGAGGGUUCAGUGAGUGGGCAGAGCAAGAAGGAAAAUGAUCAACUUAAGUGAAAGAAGACGAAGAAACAGCUGAAGGAAAUCUACGGAAUUUAGAUAAGAGAUUGCACAUGUCUUGCUUGUGAGCAAAAUUGACUUACAGAUUAUAUCAUUGAGUCUGUUAAUAAGUUACAAUCAGGAUACUUUGAUCCUUUCUUACACAUUUUACUCAAAUUUACUGUUUGCUCCACACUUUUUGGCUCGUUACAUUUGACCUUUGAUUU